AUGUCCGGUUCCCAGGAGAACGAGGUAUUCCACGUCCACUAUUAUUGGCAUAACAACAGCAGCAUUGUCUACAGCAAAUCAGAAGAAUCGCUGAAUUUGAUGUGGGCGGAUCUGUCGAAUUACUGUAAAGAUCACAGAGGCGAUCGAUUCAAUGAAAAGAGACUCGCCGAUGAAUUAGCUAAGGGGCUCGGCGAUGGCACACGAGAACACCUUGCCAAAGACGACCAAGACAUAGAGUUUUUUAGCAUAAGACACGAGAAGCAACCCAACAAGCCGGUCGCAGACGCGCUUCAAUCACCCUCUCCGCCCAAACUAUGUAUCUACCAUACGCAGAAGCUUCGUCAAGCUUACAUGUCGACAGCUGCGGCAGAGAAGGUCGUGAUCAAAGAUCUUGCGCAUGACUAUUCCAAGAUCAUUUUAGCAUGGCAGAAUGGGCAUAAAAGCUUGGAACAGGGAGAUGAUUUCAGAAGCUUUAUCAACGAGUCUGAUGCCAUUGAACAUGCGAAGAACGAGCUUCGCAAAGGGCAAGAAGAUGGAAGAGAGUUUAAAGAGCUGCGCCCGACGGCAUGGAAAGAUCUGUGCGCUGCGAAAGGUAUCAUGGAGAUGCCCUCCGACAAAGACUUCAACCCCGACAGGGACCUCGUUUACUUACAAGUAACCUACCGCAAGAAGAGAGAUUUAAUCGGGCCCUACUUGAUCACCGACCGCGGUCUUGACGCAGCACGGAAGCGUCUUCUCAACCUUUGCAAACUAAACAUCGAAGGAAUGAACGAUAUCCUACUUGCAAGGAUCGGAGACGAGAUAAACCAGUCGGGCUUCAACUUCCAAGCUCUCAAAAAGCGCCGGAAUAUAGCGGGCGAUCAAAACCGCGAGGGUUUUGGGGUCAGCAGCUUGUUGUCGUCCAGCUCUGAAGUCGUGGAAAAGAUCCGCGAAUGUGAAGAAAAAGGAGAGAAAGCAGAUUUGUACACUGUUUACUCGUGCAGCAUGCACAAAAAAGAGUUGGUAGAUUGGCAAGAAUGCUUCGUACCAUGCAAAAAGGCUGAAGACAUGCUCAUUUGGCCUUGCAAGCAGGGAUCGAAUGGUGUUGAAACUCGGUUGAGUAGCAUUGGUGCCCAGACCGGAUCAUUGUUGACAGCAUGCGACGAGAUGAGGGAGCUAAGCCAAGCCGUGCCAGACACGAAGAAAUGGCUCAAAGAUUAUUCGAGUAUGCGACAGGUCAUGAUAGUUUUGAGUGUUGUCGCGAACGAUGCCGAGGGAUAG